AGAAGAAGAGGAGGAAUGAGAUAAACGGUUGGGCAAUAGCUCUCUUUCUUCUUCCUCGCUUCUCGUUCAUCUCCUUCAUCUCAUCAGCAAGCAAAAGAACUAAAAAGGAAAGAAGGAAGAAAAUGAAGCCAGUAACAGGAAGAGUAGUUUCAUCAAAGACCAUAUCACUCUCAAAAGCCGCCCGAGUCCUUGCUGGAUUCGUCUCCACCGACACAGGAUCAUCGUCGUCUUCCCAAGCCGUUUCCGCCUACUUGAAACGCGCUUCCUUUUCGUUCAACGACCUACUUCAAUUCCACAGUGACCUCAAAUCCUCCCAAUUCACCUCCAAGAGCCGCACUGACAAGAAAUGGACCCCGGCAGAGACGGUCAAUGCACGAGAUGAUGGGAUUCUGGACUCUUUCGAUGGAGGAAAGAAGGGGGACGAGAGAAAAGAAAGGAGUGGUGCAGAUGUGGGUGUUGAUGAUGGGUAUGAGAGGAGUGAAAGAAAAAAGAGGGAAAACGUUGAGGCUGGAGAUGGAUUGGAUAAUGGUAAUGAAGAUUCUUCCGGGGUGAAGAGGAAGAGAAAAAAGAAGAGAGUGGAUUAUUAGUUGUUAGUGAUGAUGAAUUCGAUGACGCUGACUCUCUUUUAAGUGUUUAACAACUUCAAUUAUCUAUCGAAAGAGCUUCUGGUUCUUGUACUGACAGAACUGGCUCUGUUUCAAAGGAAUUUUAGUAACUUCAAAGAAAUGGCAUUCAUACUUUCAGUGGCAAAGGGAAUUAUAAUAUUUAUUUUUGAAUCGGUUUUUUAUGAUGUUGGUGUUGUAGUCUGAUCACAAGCAUCAAAUAGUUUUAUUUCUUAUUGUUGUUUCAUUUCUAUUCGGAUCUGCUGAGAAUGCAAAGUCCAACCUAUUAUUGUGA